UCUCCUUUUCUUCUUCUUCUCAAGCAAGUCACGAGUCAGUAAAAUAAUACUUUGAAAAAAUAGUAGCGAGUGUUGUUGAAAUUAAAGUCAUUCUUUACUUGGAACCCAUGCAGAACCUCGAUCGCAAAAGCUCUUCGUCUCUGGCUGAACCACCCAGACGGUUUCGAAUUGAUCAGGGACCAUUGAAACGUUCUCUAUUGGAUUUUACAAAUUUAUCCAUCUCUGAUGACAGUGGUUUUGCAGGGCUAAGUGGCAAUGUAGGUUUGGAAAUUAAUGAGAGGCCAUUGAAGCGUUCUCUCUUGGAUUUUGGAAAUUUAUCAAUCUCGGAUUCUUCUCAAAAUGUUGGGGCUGACUCAGAAGCAAACAUGACCGAGAGCUCUUUGACUGCUCCUCCACUCAAGCAUGUGUUCGUCAGGGUCAAACGAAAACCUUUUCAAUCUCCACUUGACGCUUUCCGGUUGGAAAUCAUGGAGAGGCCAUUGAAGCAUCCUCUCUCAGAUUUUGGAAAUCUAUCAAUCGCCAAUUCUUCUCAAAACAUGGAAUUUCAUGACAAGAAGGUUUUGGUGCAACAUGUGAAGACAAUAAGUGACUCUGAGGACACUUUAGAUAUUGUGCGAUCAUUUCUGGAACUUCGUUCCAGAAGUGCUUCCAAAUCCAAGUCAAAAGUUGAUGAAAGGAAGAAUUUCUUCAAAGAAGUCAAUAGGCAAGAUCAGCUGGUGUUUAAAGCUAAACAAGAAAAAGAGUCUUCAGCUAUAGAUGCUCGCUUUAAGCAAAUAUGGAAGACAUCAGAUGAAAAUGCAUUACAGAAAAUAUGCCAGUUCUAUGACAUUGUUCGUGUUGACUAUGAAGAAAAAAUUAAGGAGGAACAACAGGAAGAUAUAUCUUUGGAGGAUCAAAGACGUUUGGCUAAUUUCAUCCCUUUACUAAUAGAUGUUAUUCCAAAGGCUGCUGCAGAGAUUGAAGCUGACACAAGUGUUCAUUCCAAACAAGAGGACUAUGUUUAUGAUCUCUACACUGUGAUGGAUGAGUUGAUCGUUGAAGAAGAAUCUCCAUAUUGUUAUCCACUAGUUCAAGUUGAUGAUGAACACUUUUAUGAUGGGCCUGACAAUUCGGAUUAUGAAACUGACGACUCAAAUGUCGUAGACACUUCAGUGACUGAUUAUCUGGCCAUGUUUUCGGAAGAAGAAGAUUCUGAGUGCAAACUAGAAGAAAGCAUGGCCAAGGUUUCGGAAGAAGAAGUUUCUGAGUGUGAAUCAGAAGAAAGCAUGCAUGGCAGUUAUUGUGAUGAAUCAGAAGGAAGCACACCCAAGUUUUCUGAAGAAGAAGGUUCUGAGAGUGAAUCAGAAGAAAUAAAUAAUGACGGCACCUGUAAUGAAUUGUCAAGUGAAAAUACAUUGGAAGAAGGUUCUGAGAGUAAAUGAUGAUGAGGAUGUGGAUGAUGAACAUUGGAAGUAAGUCUUACAGAUGAAGCCAUCAGAAAGUUCCUGCAAAAAAUGAUGGCUUUUAAGUAAUUUAUUUUUUAAAAACAUUUUUAGUAGUAGAUGUUAAGCAUUGCUUAGUUUGUUGACUUGAUUAUGUUUUGUACAUAUAUGAGGCUAGGGAUGGAAACUAGGAUAAAAAAUUGAACGGGCUUUAACAAAAAUCACCUGUUAUGAGGAUUGGUCAUUGAAUGAUUUGAAUCUAGAUAGUUAACUCAAAAAAAUUGUAUGUGUAUAUUUUUUUUAUCAUGGUACUUUUUUUUUUCUUCCUAUGCAAGAAUCAUGGACUUAAAUCACUUGUUUAAAGGCUCAAAUCUCAUUGUGUGUAGUAUUAC